CUGCUGCCUUGACUGUCGUCUGUGAAUUGCCACUGCUUCUGCAAACAAUAAAAACAGUAGACGCCAUCUGCGUGUGGAUGGCGAUGCUCUCUACUUGCUGUACCGAUAUUUUGCACUUAUUCUUCUAGCACAGCGGCUCUUUUCAUUUCAUUCAUUACACCCCAGCGGCAUAUCCCCAUUCGUUUGACGCCCCUUGGCUUUACGGCGAUGAGCUAGCAUUUAUACCCGGAUUUACUACCCAGAAACUCGUUGGAGUCUAACUCAACAUGGCACCACCUCGCGUUGCAAAGGAUUCGCUCAAGAGUCUGAGUGGUAAUUUUACAAAAAAAAAUUACGAUGGCUGAGGCACAACUAACACGCGAUUAGACAAGCUUCAGAGCAUGGCUUCGGGAGACACCCUCAGCACUGAGCCAAUUGAAAGUUUACUGCUUGUUCUAAAGAACCCAGUACAGAUUGCUGAAUUCUCAAAAUUUGACAGUAGCACAUUCCAUUCGUUUUUUGAGAAUCUCUUUCGUUUUGUUCUCGCAUCAAAGCGAGACUUUCUGAGCAAACCCAAGUCCAAAACACCACUGACUCGUCUUGCCAAAGCCGGAGAACUGGUCAAAAUAUCUAUUGGGAUUGGCAUCCCCCGCAUUCGACAAAAGACCUUGUCAGCCGUUGUUGACCACAUUACCCAGGUGAUUGCUGGUCCCAAUGGAACUCAAAUUGAACCCAUUGUCGACAACUAUGGCAAAGCAUUGUCGGACUUGGUAGCCUUCCCCAGCCAUGUAGAGCAUCUAGCCACUUCCGAAAAAGCUCGUUGGCAUGCCUGCGUUGAUUUCUUCAUUAGCAUUGUACAUCGUGCUAUGCCCAACGAUGCAUGUGAAUUGGAUUCUAUGCGGCAAGAUUCUCCUCGACUUGGAACGCCAGCUGCGCGAUCGAUGACUGUGCGAGCUUCGUCUGUCCUGUAUUCAGCGCGAGGUGCUGAUGUUGCCCGAAAAGGCCAGUUAGACGACGCUUUGGACGCUCUUCAAAAUCUCAGCAUUGGAUCAAACGCACCGAUACUAGACCGACUUGAUGAGCUAACAGAGGUUGGACUACGCGUUUUGAGCAGUGGCAACGGGUCACUCCACUCUAAGAUCGCAAGUUUUGCUAUUAUCAACAACUUGCUGACAGUUUCAAAAUGUGAGAAGGAGGAAGAGACACGCACAUUGACCCAGUCUCUAGUACCCAUAAUUGCAUAUUGGUGGCGAUCCGACAAGUCAGACCGUGAUUCUGCCUUAGCCGGCCUUCGGCAAGAAAUUCUGCGGACAGUCAUGCUAAUAGGUCCGCCCUUGGAAUAUAUAGUGUCUAAAAUGGUCGAUAAAGAUACUGCUGAUGAACUGGACCAGCUCCUCGACGGUCUUUGGUUGGAAUACUCGCGGCGAGAAACGAAGCUCCAGCUUGAGGAUAUAACAUUCUCACGGUCUGAACUUAUGAAUGGUUACUUGCAGCAUAAAUUCUUUGGUCUUCAAACACACAGUGCAGAAGCUGAACAAAGGUGGAUGCUUGUUAAAAGCAUCGCAGCUCUUGAAAAUAUUCUUUCUAGCUACAGUCUUAAGACCCAGGAGCAUGCCAGGAGCGAUCCAGACGCAAGAAGAAAGAAGCGCCGAACAGAAUUGCACGAAAGCCGGAUUUUGAAGCGGUUUAACGCAGGGGAUAAAAACAUACAGUUCGCCGCCUUACAUGUGCUUCCGUUCAUUUUGAACUGCCAGGAUCUUUUACAGGACGAUCUCAACGAGCUACUCCCAUUGCUACUGGAGCUCACAAACCAUAAAGAUUCGCUUGUUGUUUCUUGGUCUCUUAUCGCACUCGCAUGCUGUGCACUCUCAUAUCACACUCGAACCGAAGCCAGACAUUGGAAACAAUCUUGGCUAAUUGCCACAAGAACUGUGAGCAUUUCGGGAACAUCUAGAGCGGCUUGCUUUUUGUUGCACGCAAUUGCGGAUCGAAACAUCUUUCCGCAUCAUGAAAUUGCAGAAGACGUCAAUGGUAUCGUUGCCGCUGCUGAUGUUAAAGGCCCUGCUGUUCUUUGCGAUACCUCUAUCGCACUUAUGUCCAAAUUUAUGCUUCUCCGGAAUAUGAAACUCCCGAAUGCUAGCCAUGCAACCUCGAAUCAUAUUAUUAGAUGGCUCUUUCUACGUUGGAAACCUGCUGAAAUCUCCCGAGGACCGCCUGCAUCGUCACUGGAUAUCAUAAACUUGCUUUGCAACUGCUGUGGAAGCCAGCGUUUUAUCCCGGAUGAGCAGGCUUUGGUGCCCGGUGGCUCGCUAUUCGCAUUGUAUACAUCAUUGAAGUCUACCGCAAAAUUUGAAAGCUAUCUUCUGCUCCUUGAGGAUCCCGUCCGUGUUACGACGGGCUCAAAGACAAUUCAACAGGAUCCCGAUAGAACCACUACCAGCAGUAUAACUGACAGGACCAGUUCAUAUGCGACAAAGAAACUGAUUCUUGAGCUUCUCUAUCCCAAGCUAGAAGAAUUCGGAGGCAUAUGCACUGAAUGGACAGUUUCAGCUGGCAAGGGAAACCUUUCAAUACCACUUGAAAUCUUCGAUAAUUUUCUCUCAGCACUUCUAGUGGGAGCCCUUAUGCUUCCUCAUGUUCUGGAUAUCAAUUCAUCGCAGGCUACCAGUUUAGAAUCUGUCAUCCAUGACCUGGCUGACCGUGGUAUAACGGUAGCAAUAUCGUCAAGCGAAUCAGAAACCUUUAUUCAUCAUUUACUGACACAUGUGGCACCGUUUAUGCCGCGUAUGAAUAGUUUAUCUAUUGAAACUCUUCAAGCUGUUCAUCAUGGCCUCUAUAAGCUACUGAUGAAGCUGUCAUUUUGUAUGGAGGGUGGAAAAAUCAGCCAGGACUUCAGUGAUAUCCAGGAUCAAAUGGACUUAGACGACGAGUUCCAGUCUCAGAGUAGUAGAACUACAACGGUUUCUACUCCGAAUACAUCCCCUCGCACCCUGGUACAAGCUCAAACAAGCUAUGUAUGUUUCUAUUCGGAUAUACAAAGUCGUUUUGGCUUACUCCGAGAAUUUCAUGACGAUGAAUCACAGACUGGCUUAGUGCCGGCUCUAUUCGUGGAAAAGCUCACAGACCUGUCAAAUGAUGAACUGCUAGCAAAGUAUGCGUUUGUUAUUGAGCUAUUUUCGUCCGAUCUGGUUGCAUCUGUGGACACUGCAUUGCUCAUCAUUCAACGAAUUGGUAGCAUUCUCUCCAAAUAUGCCUAUACUUGUUGCGAGAUAUGUCUGGUCACCUGCAUUGAUAUUAUAGACGGACUCACAUCAAUCUGGCGACAAGAUGAUGAUAAUUUGAACGGCGCCGUUGGGGAUCUCUACUAUUAUUUGGUAAACCAGGCCCUUCCAUCCAACAUGCUAUCACCAAGAGCUCUCAUAUCACUUUCAUCGCUUCUAUUCACAUUGCUGAAGGUAUAUCCGGGUUAUGGAACCCAGCUUGAAUUGGAUUCUUGCCGAACAACCCUAUUUCGUAUUAUGGAAAAUACACGCAUUGAGGUCAAAUACUUCAUUGCUGAUCGUAUAGCAGACCUUUUCGAUCUGUUUAUAUUGGCCGUACAUGACGAAGUAUUUGUUGAUGUUCUGGAUCGACUUCCAUCUGACCCGGCGCAGACAUCUGGAAUCGCUUAUCGUCUACUUGUCUUGACCCGCUUGGCAUGCAAGUGGCCUACUCUACUACGGAGAUGUGUAUACCACAUUUUCGAAACCCCUGGAAAGGUGCAAAACGCCAACAAACACGCUGAACGCUGUAUGAACGAGAUAUCAAAGCAGCUAAAACUUGACUCCGCUCGAGACUUAUUUAAACUCUUCUCUCGCCAAUUGCUGUAUACUUGGAUGGAAAAUGAUAGCCCCGAGAGCAUACCGUAUUUCGUCUUCGACUUUGACGAUGUAUCGGAUUUGCUUAAAUCCGCAGAGGCAGAUGCUGUUGGUUUGGCUUACAUGCGAAAUCAGGACACGACACAGCGGUUUAUAUCAGAGGCAACCGGGAAAAGUAAAGUUGAUUCCCUUAAAAACAACUUUGCAACCUCUCUGGCUUUCUCUAUGGUCCAGAUAGCAUCUACGGCAGCCGGAAAAGACCAUGGGGAGCUAGCUAUUACAAAGGCACUGGGGAACAAAGCUUACACUGAAGCAGUUUACGUCAAUUUUGUCGACAUUGUUUUUGCAUUUCUCAGUCUCAUCGAUCAAGACGACUCAGUCGAGAAAGUGCUCGCAAAAUUUCCUGACCUGGUGUACGCUAGUAGGAACUUGAAGGACAUUCUGGCAAUCUCACAUUCUCCGUCUCAGCUCCCACCUAAUCAACAGCCAGUCUUUCGCGCCAAGUAUGUCAUAUACGAGCUGUCACGCCUCUGUCAAGGUACGCAGUUCCAGCUUCAUGAACUAUGGACCCCAUCGCUUGUCGUAUCUGUAGUUCGAAAGCUGCUUAAUGCUGUGCGUCCAGCUUUAGGAUCAUUACACGCCUGUUCAAUUCUGCGGAAGAUUCGUCUCGUCGUUGCACUCGCAGGAAAAGUCGUUUUUGACUCAUAUUGUCUCGAAAUGCUGUUGACUACUACCAGAACGUUUGUUGUUGACGGCGAGUGCGCAGAUGAUGCACUCGGGCUCAGCCAAUAUCUGCUUCUUGGGGGACAGAUGCAUCUUGAGAAACACCCAUCUCUCUUGGCUGGCUACAGCCUCUCUACACUUGUUUCCCUUCGCGUCUUUCUCGAAUCUAGCCAAUCUUCCACAACACAAGAGAGUCAAUUCCGUGCGACGAUGCAGAAAGCACAAAAGUUCCAUGAUUGGUUUACGAAAUAUCUUGCGAACGCCAAUAUCACCUUCAACUCUCAAGUUCAGAAAAAUGCAUUUUCUUCCAUUACACAGGCUGCUGGCUACACACGCUCUUCUGGUAAUGCUGAAAAGAAUACACAUGAAAGCAAUCUGCUUUUAAAUAUCUUGGGCGAUGAAGGCUCCGCAGAUCAACUCCUCGAUCAGUCAUCUCGUAAGCUUGCAUUGAGUUUAUUGUGUGGUGACUUCUCCAUGCCUGCUCAAGUCACAGAUGAUAUCAUUGAUCAAGAUACUAAGGCAAUUGAAUACUCAUCUGCGGUAUUCAAAAGUUGUGAAGCUGAGGGGCUCAGCCAAAACUACCUUUCAUGGGCUGGUCGCGUUCUGGGCAGAGCUUUCGCAGCGUCGGGGGAUUUACCUGACGACCUGUUGUGUGAAACAAAACUGCAGCAGUACGCGAAGCUGUCCCCCAACAAGAACGGGUCUGAAAUGGGUAUCUUGAGCCUCUUACAAGAGCUAACGGCUAGCCCCGAUACUGAAUUUGCAGGACUUGCUGAAGCUGCCCUUCGGUCCGCCGUUUCCAUCGCGCACGCUGUAGAAGACUCGCCACUCGUCGUCGCUUGCCAGCGAAGUCUGCGCGAGCCUUUGUAUCUUGCUUCGAAAUGGAACUUAUACCAUUCACCACCAUCUGAGAGCGUCGAUGCCAGCUCAUCAACCAUCGCGAGGUCAGUUUGGCCAGAUGAUAUUAAUUCACCCGAUUGGGCGCGAAAUUUGUCUAUCUAUCUUGUACGCUGUGUAUCAGAUUCAACAUUACUCAGCGUUCUACAACCGGUGCUUGAUAAAGUACCGGGAUUUGCGUCCAAAGCAUUGCCUUUUAUUGUCCACCUCGUGCUUCUCUUUCAAAGCGGCGAGCAGCCAGUUGUAAGACAGCUGCUAUCUGAUAGCGCGAACACAUGGCUCAAGACGGUUACUUCUGACAACGAAGACGGCGUUAAACUACUGCUCAAUACGGUCUUAUAUCUACGGACUCAGGAGUUUCCAAAUGAAGCUACUAUUGCCGACCGACUUGGUUUUUUGAGUUUAGAUUAUGGGCUUCUUGCCCAGGCAGCAUCUCACUGUGGCAUGUACAAGUCAGCACUCUUGUUUAUCGAGAUUGCUGCUUGGCAGUCUAGCAAAUCCUCACGUCGUACCUCAACCUCUAUACCCCAACAACUGGAUCAAAGGGAGACGCUUUUGUCUAUUUUUGAAAAUAUUGAUGAUCCAGAUGCUUACUAUGGAUUACCCGAGGAGGCCAAUCUAGCCAAUGUUCUUGCCCGAGUCGAGUAUGAGAAUGAGGGGUCCAAAACACUUGCAUUUCGAGGCGCACAGCUUGAUAGCCACAUUCGGAUGAACGAUAGGACAGCGGCUACAGAUUCACAGGCUCUUGUAAAUGCGCUAAGCACACUGGGGUAUGCUGGCCUCUCUCAUUCUCUUCUACAGGUCCAGCAAGAUGCUGACCCUACCUUUGCCUCCAUCGAGAGUACCUACAAAGCUGCAACAAAAUUAGAGAUGUGGAAUCUUCCCGCGAUUUCAAACGAACAUCACUACGCGGUGAAUACAUACCGUGCAUACCAAUCUAUCAGCAGUGCGACCAAUGAACUUAUUGCUCAAAAUGCCGUCUACGAUGCGCUAUCUUCUUCUAUGAAAGCACUGACAAGCCAUGGCCAUACCAAUGCUAGCACUCUCCGCAAACAGCUAGGCGGACUCGCUUCGCUAACUGAAUUGGAUGAACUUCUUAACGUUGCCGAUUCGGCGAAUCUUGAUAUGAUCGCAUCGAACCUCGAUUCUCGAAGCCAAUGGAUGCGGCGUGGAGUCUACGACGAUGUGAACCAGAUCUUGUCCUCUCGAGGAACUACGCUCAAUGUGCUGGCUGAGCAUUCCGACCUAGUCGGUAGCUCUAAGGUACCGAAAGCUACGUUGAGGCAGAUGCAAGUCAGCUCACUUCUUUUAUCGUCUCAGAUUUAUAGGUUCCACAAAGCAAAUCAAGAGUCCUUGAAUAUUUCCACAGCCCUAUCCAAUAUGAUUCCGGCCUGUGAGAAACUCGAUCUUCACGUCGAUGCAGCUAUUACCAUUGAAAUUGCCAACUCGCUCUGGGACCAUGGCGAAAUUGGAUCAUCUAUCCGCAUGCUACAGUCAGUUGAUCAGAAAUCGCAACUUAAUCGCCAAGCAAUUCCUGUCAAAAGAGCUGAUCUCCUAGCUAAGAUUGGUCAUAAAGCUUCUGUCGCUCGAUUAGAGAAACCAAGAGAUAUUCAGAAAAAAUACCUGGAGCCUGCGCUAAAGGACUUGGAUGGAGAGAGCAAGACGCAAGAAGCUGGCCUUGUUUUCCAUCAAUUUGCCAAAUUUUGUGACGAGCAACUGCAGGAUGCGGACGGCCUGGAAGAUCUUGGUCGUCUCCAAAGCUUGAAAAAAGCAAAGAGUAAUGAGGUGCAAGAGCUGCAGUCUCUCAUAGCAACAACGAAAGAAACACAGUUGCGAAAGAAGUACAACAAUGUGUUGGGAAGAGAGAAGCAGUGGCUUGAACUGGACCAGCAAGAGCUACGACGUGUAGAGCAGACCAGGGCAGAGUUUAUCAGGUUGAGCUUGGAAAAUUAUCUGCUCUCGUUGGCUGCAUCGGACGAGCACGACAACGACGCGCUUCGUUUCACAGCACUAUGGUUGCAGCGGCCAGACGAUGAAGUCACCAACAAAGCUGUCUCUCGUCACUUGUCCAAAGUACCAACUAGAAAGUUUGCUGGAUUGAUGAACCAGCUGACAUCUAGACUCCAAAAUGAUGGGAGCCCUUUCCAGAAGCUGCUCAUGGAAUUGGCGUAUAAUGUUUGCAAUGAUCAUCCCUAUCAUGGCAUGUACCAAGUGUGGUCUGGUACAAAUGCAAAGAUUCAACAAAAGGACCAAGUUGCGGUGAUGAGAGUCCGGGCUACGGAGCUGCUUGCAGAACGGUUGACUAGCAAGGAGAGUUCAGCUAAAGUGUGGACAUCAAUAUCCAAGACAAGCCGAUACUAUCAUGCAUUUGCUAUGGAUAGAGACGAGAAGCUCUACAAGGCCGGAAAUAAACUGCCGCUCAGAAAUUCUCCCAAGGGCCAGAACCUGAUGAGUUGUCUUUCUAGAUAUCCAAUUCCUCCGCCUACGAUGCAUAUCGAGGUGAGCGCAACGAGGAAUUAUUCGCAUAUCCCCAUGGUGGCCAAAGUAGAUUCGACUAUGACGAUUGCAUCGGGAAUCAGCGCACCAAAGAUCAUCACACUUGUAGGCACUGAUGGAAAACGAUACAAGCAACUUGUUAAAGGUAGCCACGAUGAUCUGCGACAAGAUGCUAUCAUGGAGCAAGUGUUUGCUGCCGUCUCCUCUGUCUUGAAACUCCACCGGACUACACGUCAGAGAAACCUGGGCAUUCGAACAUACAAGGUGCUGCCUCUAACAGCAUCUUCUGGUCUGAUUGAGUUUGUGCCCAACACUAUCCCCCUACAUGAAUUCUUGAUGCCUGCCCACGAAAAGUACUACCCACGAGACUUGAAAGGAUCCUCCUGUAGAAAGGAAAUAUUCAACGUUCAGGGGCAAUCAGUUGAAAUUCGAGUUAGUACCUACAAGAAGAUUACGGAGCGAUUUCACCCAGUCAUGAAACAUUUCUUCAUGGAGCACUUUACAGACCCAGAUGAAUGGUUCACUAGGCGUCUAGCCUACACACGCAGCACAGCAGCUAUCUCUAUUCUAGGCCACGUCCUGGGUCUUGGCGACCGACACGGGCACAAUAUUUUACUGGAUACCAAGACUGGUGAAGCAGUACAUAUUGAUUUGGGUGUGGCAUUUGAGGCAGGACGAAUUCUGCCCGUACCAGAGUUGGUGCCUUUCCGUCUCACUCGAGACAUUGUGGACGGUAUGGGAAUCACGAAAACAGAAGGCGUUUUCCGCCGAUGCUGUGAGUUUACACUUGAUGCACUGCGAGAAGAACAAUAUUCGAUCAUGACCAUCCUGGAUGUGUUGCGAUAUGAUCCUUUGUAUACGUGGACCAUUGCGCCAUUACGAAUGGCGAAACUACAAAAGAAUCGUCAUAAUGACGACAACGCGGCACCCGAAGAGUCCAUUGCCGAGAAUGCCAAGAAGGAAACAAAGACGACAUCGACUUUGAAUGAGCCAUCAGAGGCAGAUCGCGCCUUGGAAGUUGUGAGAAAGAAAUUGAGCAAGGCACUGAGUGUGUCGGCGACGGUGAAUGAUUUGAUCAACCAGGCCACGGAUGAGCGUAACCUAGCUGUAUUAUACUGCGGCUGGUCAGCCUAUGCUUGAGUUGGAUAUUGUGGUGUACGAUUGUGCUUAGGCGAUAGACUCGCUUUUUUUGUAUUUGGUUUGCAUUUCACAGCGGUUGUAUAUAAUAGACUAGGAAAUAGAUUGUCUGAAGACUUUCAACGAUGUGAAGAUGGGACCUGCCAUGUGGUUUGUUUCGCAGCUUUGAUGCCAAGCGCCAUCUGCAUUGAACUUGAUGACAUCCCCGGUUAUCGACCAUUAGACAGGAAUCUAUAAUACACAAUGAGCGAAGGCGGGGAACUGGUAC